AUGGCGGCCAAGAGGAAGGUGUCACUUCGCCUCGCAUUCUCUUACGUCCUCGACUGGCUGGUCAUAGUCGUGAUCGCAGCAAUUGGCGGCGGCUUGAACUUCGUCACACCGUACCACAGGCCUUUCUCUCUCGUGAACCUGGACAUAUCAUACCCCUAUAUCCCCGAGCUCAUCUCAACGACAACUCUAGCUCUGGUGUCUCUGAUCGCUCCAGCCAUCAUCAUCGCCCUGGUCGUCGCUCUGCUGGUUCCUGGUCCGGCCUUCAUAAGAAGAUCAACACGAGCACAAAUCAUCAAGCUCAAGCUUUGGGAAUUCGAGAAAGGAUGGGCAGGCUUGGCGUUAUCUGUCGCGACUGCUUUCUGCAUCACACAGGGCAUGAAGAAUCUGUUCGGCAAACCGCGCCCUGACUUCCUGGCACGCUGCCAACCUGAUCUUGCAAAUGUGGCUGCGCAUGUGAUCGGUGGAUAUGGGCAAGAUAUCAGUGCUCGCUGGACGCUUGUGGACUCCAGCAUCUGCACCCAAACAGACCUCAGCCUCCUGAACGAUGGAUUCAGAAGCUUUCCCUCAGGCCACUCGUCGUUUUCAUGGUCGGGAUUGCUAUACCUGACCCUUUUCCUUUGUUCAAAGUUCUCCAUCGCCAUACCAUAUCUGCCUAUGCAGCCAUCUGGUCCGAGGGCCGUGUCGCCACAAACGCAAGGUCACGGAGCAUUGCUACCAUUGCACGAACAGCGUGGAGGAAGUGAAGAUGAGCACAAGACGGACGACACCUCGGCUGCUGAACGCGACAACAUGCGCCCCGUCGAUAUCAGAGGACUUGCUGCCACACCGCCUAAUCACUUGGUUGUGCUCGCUUUCGUGCCAAUCGGCGUGGCGAUAUACAUUUGCUCCACACGCUAUGCGCAAUUCUACCACCACGGCUUCGACGUCAUCAGCGGUGCUCUCAUCGGGAUCCUGACUGCUUCUUUCAGCUUCCGAUGGUAUCACCUGCCACUAUCGCGAGGACAAGGCUGGGCUUAUGGUCCUCGCAGCGCUGACAGGGCAUUUGGGGUUGGUGUGGGCACCCGCGGUUUUGUGAGCGAGGGUAUUGCGAAUUCGCCACGGGCACAGCCUGGUUCAACUGUUUGA